CUGUAGAUAUAGCAGUGCAAUUAAUGGAGACAAAUUUAGUUAAUAAGGCUGUAGAUACAAUAGUAAUUAAUAAGGAUGAAGAUACAAUAAUGGUUGAUAAUGCUAUAGAUUCAAUAGUUGAAUUAGUGAAAAUAAAUAUGAAUGAUGAUAAAGCUUGUAUAAAAUGA